ACACGUCUUCUCCUUUUGCUGUGGGCCGGUGUCACAGCGAGCACAGUGGUGGAUCUGCAGAAGAGAAUCAUCGGAGGUCGGAAUUGUACACAAACUGAGCGUCUGUACCAUGUUGAAGUGAGAGCAUAUACAGCUUUUCCUGGUGCAGUUUUCACAAUAUGUGGCGGCUCUCUGAUCGGUGACCAGUGGAUUCUGACUGCAGAACACUGCUGGAAUCCAGCAAGGAUUAUGAGAGCAGUUUUAGGUAUCCAUCCAGGAGGUCAAGGGACACCAGUGGAAAUCCAACAACAUCACAUCUAUACCGACGACCAGAACAGGAGCCAUGACAUCAUGCUGCUGGAGCUAACUAACCCUACUCUGAUUCAACCUGUUCCACUUCCUGACUGUGGCCCUCCCAAUCCUCUCAAUAUAGAUGAUACAGUUGAGAUUGCAGGUCGUGCAUCCAUGACUAUGGGCCCUAAUAAUGAAAGACAACCUGGUAGAGCAACUGUUCUCCAAUGUGCAAACACCACGGUUAUCAACUGUCAGCGGCUCAUAAACUGUUUGCAGACGAACUACCAAGGAUUCUACGCGACCAGACAGUAUCAACACUGGAAAUGUUACCAAAGUCCUGGAGUGUCUACAAGUCCAGGUGACUCUGGUGGAGGAGUGGUGUUCAAUGGCAGGAUUUGCGGUGUCCAUGUAUUCAGCGGUAAUGCUACCCAUGCCUGUGUUGAAGCAGCUGGAUUCAUGGACGUCUGUAGAUACAUGGAUUGGAUUGUAACAACUACCGGUAUUCCCAGACCCUGA